GGCAAAUCAGAAUUUUUAUAAAAGCACGCGAGCUGUGAAUAAAACGUCAGUUUAAAACAGAAAAAGCAACUUAAAAUAUAUCAAAGCGAAGGCUUUAAGCAAAUAAACGCGACAUUAAAGCGAACAAAGACCCUUUGUGCAAUUUAUUAUUCAAAACGUGUGAUUAUUAAAGAAAAUAAAUAAAAAUGGUACGACGUGGACGUUCAGCUAGCCCACCACCAGCCACCAGGAGGUCUGUGCCUACACAUCAUGCGCCGGCUCCAACACCAAAUGUGCCAGCACGCACUGCUCCGGCUGCAGCACCAGUUCCUGUGCAAGCAGCACCCAGUGCCGUCGGUGCACCACAACAGCCCUCAAUGUUCCAGCAGAUGGCAGCUACCGCUGGCGGCGUAGCUGUUGGUUCAGCAGUGGGUCACACCAUUGGCGCUGGUCUAACUGGACUGUUCAGCGGUUCCGGUGAUAAAGAAGCAGCUGCUCCUGCUGCCGCACCAGCUGCUCCAGCCCAACAACAAUAUUUUGGUAAUGCUGCUCAGCCCAACGAGCCACAAGGGCCAUGCACUUGGGAGAUUAAACAGUUCCUACAAUGCGCUCAAGGCCAAUCUGACUUGACACUCUGCGAGGGUUUCAACGAAGCACUGCGACAGUGCAAGACUCAACAUCACUUGCAGUAAACUAUUGGAAUGGCCUAAACAAGCAAACAAUUAUUCAAAUAUUCUUCUUCUAAUAAUAAAUUAUUCAAAUUAAUUAUUGCAAUUGAAUGUAAACAAAAACAAAUUCAUAUUUUAGACGUUUAAAGUCCUAGCAUAGCAGGACUGAUUGUUUGAGAAUGGCAGGUCUGAUUAAUGUUUCAGAAUAUUUGAAAGCGCGCAACAAUAACGGUAACAAAAAUUGCUAUAUUAAAUAUUUCUAGAAACAUCUACGCAACAAAAAAAUAUUCGUAUUACGAGAAUGUGGAAGAAAACGUUAAUUGGCAAACAACUAAAAAUAGGAAAUCAUUCCACUGUGAAAACAAAAAGAAUACCAUACCACUCACGUGCUGAUGCAGACACGCUGAGUAAUCAAAACAACAGCAAUUGCAGUUGUUGCUGCAAUAAAGGAGAAUAACUAAAAACAACCAAAAUAAUUUCGACUUAUUUUCCUAUACAAUGAAUAUUAGUUUUAUUUUUAGUUACUAAGUUUUUGCGUGUAAUUAUGAAAUCAAAGAAGGCUCGUACUAAGAGGGAAGGUGGUAAAACUAAAUGUAUUUUAGAGUAGUAUUGUUGUGAAAUUAGUGCCAAAUAUAUAUGUAAUUAAUUCUAGCUCGAAUGAAAUUAGCAAACUUUUGCUGAGGCGCUUAAAUUCUAAUAAAAAUUAGCAGUUCGGCAUCAUGAAAAAAAAA